AUUCAAGGAUGAAGCUCGUGAGGUUUCUUAUGAAAUUGUCCCAUGAGACGGUAACCAUUGAACUAAAAAACGGUACGCAGGUUCACGGAAGUAUUGCUGGUGUUGAUGUGUCAAUGAAUACACAUAUGAGGUCCGUUACUUUGACACUUAAAAAUCGGGAUGCGAUUAACUUGGACACACUAACUGUUCGCGGAAACAAUAUCCGAUAUUUCAUUCUCCCAGAAAGUCUUCCACUUGAUACACUUUUAAUUGAUGAAGGCCCUCCAAAAAGAAAACCUGGACGGGAAGAACGUCCUACUAUUCGUGGACGAGGUCGCGGUCUUGUUCGUGGCCGUGGACGCGGUGGACCUCGAGGACGUGGUCGUGGUCCUCCGAUGCGUUACUAAAACCUUUCAUAUUAUGUAUAUGUCUAAUCAUCGAGUACUAUCCCCACAAUUUUAUUUCAACAAUAAAAGUUUUGUAUAAAUGA